AUGGUGGAAAAAAUCGCCAAAUUAGACUUAUCUAUGAUUUAUAACCAAUUUGAGCUGGAUGACGAGUCACAAAGGUACACUGUAAUUAAUACUCAUUGUGGAUUAUACAAGUAUACUAGGCUAGUCUUUGGGCAUGCUCCAGCGCCAGCAAUUUUGCAGCGCGCGAUGGAGGGCCUAGUAGGUGGACAGGAAGGCGUGCUGUGUUUGCGGGAGGACGUGCUCAUUACGGGGCGUAACGAUGCCGAGCAUGCUGCACGCAUUCGGGCGGUGUUGCAGACAUUACAAGAAGCAGGAUUGACCUUGCAAAGGGAGAAUUGCGAGUUCUAUAAAGAUGAAGUUAGCUACUUGGGUUAUGUUAUCAAUAAAAAUGGGUUGAAAAAGUCUCCAGAUAAAAUUAAAGGAAUAGUAGACUCCCCUGCACCAUCAAAUAUAAGCCAACUGCAAUCGUUUUUGGGCCUAGCAAAUUAUAAUAGAAGCUUUGUACCAAGUGCAGCGUCUGUUUUAAGCCCACUUUAUAAUCUGCUAAAAAAGGGGGUAAAAUGGUCGUGGGGUCUGGAUCAUCAAGAGGCAUUCAAAAAUAAAACUGCUAUUAGCAUCAGACCUGGUACUCGUCAACUUCAACCCCGAAGCAAGGUUAAUCCUGACUGUAGAUGCGUCUCCGGUUGGCUUGGGUGCGACACUGUCGCAAGUAGGUUCCGACAGGCAUGA